AAACAUUAAAAUUGAACUCACAGUCUGGUGGUAGCAAGGCUCGGUUCAAUCCCUUAUAACUCUGGCAAAAAAUAAAAUAAAUAAAUAAAAUAAAAUAAUAUACACGGCAUAGUAACCGGUUCAUUCCACCACGUACUAUAAUCCCUGGACGAGCCCAUAACACAGCCUAGACGAGAAUCUCUUUGAAAUUGAACCGAAUACCGAUUACCCUCCGGCCGACCGAAAUUACCUUAAUAAACUUAGAAGUAAUUGGAUUCUCAGCGGUUCCAGGCUUUUUUGAUUGGAUGAGAUGUCGGCUUACGAGAAUGUCGUUGGUGGGAAGCUGAAACUUAAGGGAAAAGCCUUGAAUGUGAAGCCCGGUGGACUGAAGAAAAAAAAGAAACAAAAGAAACACUACGAUCAAGUUUCUGAAGUCUUGGAGAACGAGCUUUCUGCAGACCAAAAAACAGAAGAGUUAACUGUCACUGGAGAGGAUGUUGUAAAUGAGAAUGGCAAAGUGAGUGAAGAAGGGAAAGCUGCUGCUUAUGAUGAUCAUCUGACACCUGCAGAGAGACGAUACAUAGAGCAGAGAGAGAAAAUUGAUAUCCAUAGAAUGGCCAAAGAAGCUGAUAAAUCUCAUCGUGACAGGAUUCAAGGUUUCAACCAGUAUUUGGCGAACAUGAGCGAGCAUUAUGACAUUCCUAAAGUUGGCCCAGGCUAAAAGUCGCCAUCCACUGCUCAAUGCAUGAAAGACAAGCUUUCCUACAUGUUCAAAUUCUCCUCGGUUAUAUUUAAAGUUUCGUUGUUAUACACCUAUCCUCUAGUAGUCUAGUCUAGCCUAGCCUCUAGAGUGAUUUUCUGUUGACAUGAAAUUGUAUCGUGCUUUCAUUGUGGAUUUAUUAGUCGACUCUCCACUCUCCUAAUCUCUUCCAUUUGAUGAACUGACAAUAUCAACACAGCAUAUCCCCGUGGCUUAUUGGUUC